AGCAAUUAUGUACUUGAUAAUCACAACUCGUGUGCAUACACAUACUACAAAUAAGCUCAACAAGCCACAAGAAGCAACUCGACAAGCACGUUUGCAAGAAGCACGCGACAGCCACCGAUGAUAAAGUUUCUAUGUUAAAUGACACCCGUGAACAAAGGAAGAGCUCGAAUGCAGGCUAGAGGAUGAGAAGAAAUGGAGCGCGCGCAGCAGGCGCCCGCUGGCCCCUGCGCACCCUGUGCUUUGCGGCUAUACUUCUCAUAUGCAUUGGACAAGACGGCACCAGCACCGGCGGCGGCCCCAGCAGCGGCGCCGUCGCGGACUGCGGCAGCGAGUGCGGCGGCUGGGCGGCGGCGGGCGAGUGCGGCGCCAACCCGGGCUACAUGCUCGUCAACUGUGCGGCGGAGUGCGAGCAGUGCGCGGACUGCCCCGACCUCGACCCCUCCUGCGGCGGCUGGGCGGCGGCGGGCGAGUGCGGCGCCAACCCAGGCUACAUGCUCGUCAACUGCCGGAAGUCGUGCGGCGUGUGCGGCCCGCCAACGCCCCCUCCACCGCCCCCUCCUCCACCGCCACCGCCCGAUGUGCCCCCUCCUCCGCCGUCGCCGCCCGACCCGCCCACCACGCCGCCCCCCGGCCCCCAGCCGCCUCCUCCUCCUCCCACACGGCCCUUCGUGCUGCCGCCCGCCACCGCGUGCCGCCUGGUGGUGGACGUGACGGCAGUAGCCCCCGACCUCCUCAGCAGCGGCAGUAGCAGUGGCAGCGGCAGUAGCAGUAGCAGCGGGAACACCAGCAGCAACGGCAGUAGCAGCGGCAGGUUGGCGGGAGCGGUGGUGCGGCUUGACUGCCUGCCGCCGCCGGCCCAACAGCAGCCGCCAGAUAGCCAGCCCGGCCCGGCGCCCGCACCCGGGCCCACACAGUCCUCCACCUCCUCCUCCGCAUCAACAGCCGCCCCCACGCGGGUGCGUGUGGUGCUGGGGUCGCGGCUGCUGCCCUACUCCGACGACUUCACCGGAGUGACGGUGGUGACGGCGGCGGAGGCGGCAGCAGCGGUGGCGGCCGCAACAGCGGCAGUAGCACCAGCCGGAAACACCACGGCGGCGGCGGCCGCAGCGGCUGCGGCGGCGGCGGGGGCGCUACCUGUGGCGGUGUCGGAGUGGGGGGUGGCGUUCCUGGACGUGACCCACCUGCGCCUGCGGGACUCGCUGGUCGCCGGCCCGCCCCUGAGCCCCGCCGGCCCCCACCUGGCCACGCACCGUGUGCCGCACCUGGCGCUGACCGGCACAACCCUGCGCACCAUGUUCGGACCCGCGCGCAACUGGCAGUACCAGGACGGCUACGACCCCUCCAUCCCCCCCGUGUACGGCGCCGCCGUGUGUGACGAGCUGGUCACACUUCGGCUGGACGGCUUCGAGUGCUCGUCCGUACGGCAGGGCGCGGGCUGGGCCUGCCUGCUGGCGCUCUGGGCGGGGCGGCGGGGGGCGCGGGCGCUGUACGGCAUCGACACGGACGCGUACGGGGCGUACGGCGCCGGCUACGGCCGCGACCCGGAGCUAGGCCCCCCCGUGUCGCCGCCCUGGCUGUUCGUCACCUCCUCCCGCAUCACCAACAACAGGGUGCAGCGCGGCGGUCCGCUCGGGGUGCAUCAGAGGGCGCCCGCCGCCGCCGGCCCCAGCUCCGGCUGUAGCAGCAGCAGCAGCGGCAGCAGUAGCAGCGGCAGCAGUAGCAGCAGCAGUGGCGGCGGCGGGGUGGUCCAGGCAGUGGUGUCGUACAACGAGGGGUUUGGGGCGGUUGUGCUGGCGCCGGCGGCCAGUCAGCAGGCGGAGUCGGCGGCGUGGCGUGCCAGUGUCCUGGACAGCUCGGACCCUGGCGCGCAGGCCGCGGUGCCGCUGCUGGCGACCCUGGCCGCCGGCACCACCGCCACCAGCAACAGCGGCGGCCGCGGCGCAGUGCUGGCAGCGAUGUACGGAGUCAACCUGCUGCACCUGGCGCUCACCAGCGGUACCCAGCUGCUGGACAACUACGUCGACCUGGGCGGCGGCGCGGUGUACGGCCAGCCGCCGGGGGGCGGCGGCGCCGCCGCCACCGUCACACUGCGCGUCAGCCGCGGCAGCCGCGUGGCGGGCAACAGGGCGGCAGGCGGCGGGGGAGGCGGGCUGCUGCUGGGCGGCGGCGUGGCGUUGCUGGAGGUGUCGGACGGCGGGGCGCUGGGCCCAGGCAAUGUGGCGGAGGACGGCGCGGGGGGAGCGGUGGCGGUGGCGGACGAGAGCGGGCUGAGCGCCUCCCCGCCCAUCCUGGGUCGCCUGCUGCUGACCCGCGGCGGCGCCGUCGUGGGCAACAGCGCGGGAGCGGCGCGGGCGGCCCCGGGCGGCGGCCGCGGCGGCGGCGUGUUUGUGGCGGGGUCGUGCGGCGGCGUGCGUGUGGAGAGCGGCGGGGUGGCGGAGGGCAACAGCGCCUCGGCACAGGGCGGCUUCCUGGCGUGUGUGGCGUACGGCGGGUCUGACGCCGCCAUAGGCGCCAUUGAGAUCGCCGACGGCGGCGGCGGCGGCGGCGCGGUGGUAGCCAACAACACCGCAGGCGUCAGCGGCGGCGCGUUUGCAGCUCUGGGGCGCGGCGUGGGCUUGCUCAACAUCUCCAGCCUGGUGUACGACGCCGACGCCGCCAGCCCCAGCCGCCGCCCGGUGCUGGUCACCGGCAACACGGCGGCGGGCGGGCGCGGGGGGCUGCUGCUCGCCGCCGGGGCCGUGGGGGCCGUGGAGCUCAGCAGCAGCGGCGGCAUCGCCAGCAGCGGACCUGAUGGCAGUGACGGCGCCGGCAGUAGCAGUAGCAGCAGUAGCAGCGGCGGCAGUGACGGGGACGGCGAGGGGCAGUCGGCGCUGGCCCCGGCGCUGAGGGUGGAGCGCAACAGGGCCCGCUCGGACGGAGGUGUGGUGGCGGCGGAGGGCGGCUGCGGCAGUGUGGCGGUGCGCGGCCCAGGCACGCACGUGUGGGGCAACUGGGCGGACGAGGGGGACGGGGGAUUCAUCUUCGCCGCCGCCCCCGGCACUGCCGGCAGUAGCGGCAGUGCCGGCAGUAGCAGCGGGGCCCGGCGGCGCUCCGCCCUCAGCGGCCCGCAGCAGCAGCAGCAGCAGCAGCAGCAGGCUGUGCUGGUCAUACGGCGGGAGGUGCCUGCGGCUGCAGCUGCUGCUACAGCCUUCGGGCCGACGCCGCACACCAAUACCAGCAGCACCAGUAACAUGCGCAUAGGAGCAGCGGCAGUAGCAGCAGUAGCAACAGCAGCAGCAACAACUGCGGGCACGUGGAGCCCUGCCGCCACCCUCUCCGCCACCGCCGGCGCCCCGUCCGCCACCGCCCCUGGCGAUGCCGGGCGGCAGCAGUGGCUCGCCACCAGCCGCCGCCGCCACCGGGCAUUGUCGGCGCAAGGCGGCGGCAGUAGCCCUGGAGAGAGGAGCGGCAGGGGAAGUGGCAAUAGCAGUAACAGCCGCCGCCGGCAGCUGCAGACUGCCUCCGCCAGCCCCGCCAUCGGCCGGCUACUGCUGGAGGACGGCGUGCAGGUGUCGUACAACGCGGCGGGAGGGGGCGGCGGCUUCGCGGCGGCGUGGGGCGAUGUGGGUCAGGUGGUGCUGCGGGGCGGCGCGGUGGCGGAGGUCAACUCGGCGGCGGCGGGCGCGGGCGGUUUCCUGCUGGUGGCCCGAGGCGACCUGGGGCCGCCCGCGCCGGCGGCGGCAGCAGCAUGGGUGUCGGUGGCGGCGGCGCCGUGGGCUGGCGGCGACGGCCCCUCCCCCUCCGGCUCCCCCUCCGGCUCCCCCUCCGCCUCCCCCUCCGGCUCCCCCUCCGGCUCGGGCUCAGGCAGCGACGACUCCGUGCCGACGCCGGAGCAGCAGGCGCCGCCGCCAGCUGCUGCGGAAGAGCAGACGGACACCGGUGGCGGCGCGGGUGGCGGCGCGGGUGGCGGCGCGGGUGGCGGCGCGGGUGGCGGCGCGGGUGGCGGCGCGGGUGGCGGCGGCGCUGCAGGCACGGUCACAGUCACGGUCACGGUCACGGGUGCGGGCGUGGUCUGGUCCUGGUCCUGGGGAGUGGUGGUGAGCGGCGGCGGCACCGCCCUGCGCUGGAACAGGGCUGCGGAGGAGGGCGGCGGCGUGGCGGUGGUGGGCGGGCGGCUGCGCGGCGGCGUGUUGGUGGAGGGGGGCGCGGCGCUGUGGGGCAACCAGGGCUCCAGUGGCGGCGCGGUGUACGUGUCGGGUCCCGCGGGCCCCCUGGUGCUACACGGCGCCGGCACCGCCGCCGCCUCCAACGGCGCGGCGCAGGACGGCGGCGUACUGGCGGCGGCGGCGGUGGCGCAGGGGGUGUGCGUGCAGGCGGGCGCACAGCUCAUCGACAAUGCCGCGGGCCGCAGCGGCGGCGCCGUCUUCGCCGCACAACUCCAGGCCUACACCGGCGGAGGCGAGGCAGCCGGCGCCGCCGCCGCCGCCGCGGCCGCCGCCGCCGCCGCCGCCGGCACCGGCUGCCGCUACGGCGGCGGCGUGUGGGGCGUGGCGGUGGCGGGGGCGGGCACGCGCGUGUCGGGCAACAGCGCGGGACAGCAUGGUGGGGUGGUGGCGGUGGCGGCGGUCCCCGUCGCGGUGUCCAUCACCGACGGGGCCCAGGUGGUGGGCAACGCCGCAGUGGGCGGCGACGGUGGCGUGCUGUGGCUGAGGGAGGGGUUCAGGAGCCUCACGGUCAAGGGCGCCGGCACGCGUGUGUCGGGCAACCGCGCGGACGAGGGCGGCGUGGUGUGGGGCGACGCCGCCUCGGGCGCCCUCGCCUUGGGACCGGGGGGCGAGGGCGAGGGGCGGGAGGUGGAGGUGGCGGGCAACACCGCGCGAAUGAACGGCGGCGCAUUCCGGGUGAACACCCUCGAGCAGUUCUCCAUCUCCGGCCCCGGCACGCGCCUGGCCGACAACGCCGCGGGCGCCUCGGGCGGCGCGCUGGCGGUGCUGGGCGCCGUCACCACCGCCAGCAGCGCCGUGGCGGCCGGCGCGCGGGUGAGCGGCAACAGCGCCGGCAGGUCCGGGGGCUUCCUGUUCGUGCAAGGCCGCAGCUCCGGCAGCGCCACCGGGGACGCCCCCAGCGGUAGUAGCGAGAACAGCGGCAGUAGCAGCGGCAGCGGCAGUAGCAGCGGCAGUAGCAGCUAUGCAGACGGGCUGCCCGGUCUGGCUGUGGUGUCAGGUGCGGUGGUGUCGGACAACCGAGCGGAGCGCGGCGGCGGCGGCGCGGUGGCGGUGGUGGGGCGGCUGGGGCGGCUGACUGUGAGCGGGGGGGCGCGGCUGAGCGGCAACAGCGCGGGCGCGGACGGCGGGGCGGUGGCGGUGGCGGCGGGCGGCGGCGGCAGUGGUCUGCUGGAGGCGCUGGAGGUGUCGGCGGGCGCGGAGGUCAGCGACAACCAGGCGCAGGGCAGCGGCGGCGCGGUGUGGGCGGUGUGGGGUCGGGCCGUGGAGCUGAGUGGCGGCGCCGCCAUCUCCAACAACCGGGCCAGCCUGGACGGGGGCGCCCUGGCCUUCGCCUCCUGCGCCGCCUUCGGCACCGCCGCCGGCGUCAGCAACGACGUCGCAGACGGACUGGACGCCGCCAAGGGCAGUAGCAGUAGCAGGGACGGAGGGCUGCGUGUGUUGCUGACCGGUGGCAGUAGCAUGAUCGGCAACACAGCGGGCCGGGACGGCGGCGCAUUGCACGCCGCCGAGAGCGGCAGUAGCAGCAGCGACGGCGGCAGUAGCAGUGGCGGCAGUAGCAGUGGCGGCGGCGGCGGCGGCUACUUCCCCUACCCGGCGAACGGCUGUUGCAUGUUGGCGCGGCUGGAGCUGCGGGGCGGCAGUAGCAUCUUCGGCUGCAAGGCCCAAGCCGCCGGCGGCGCCGUACGUGCGGACUCGGUGGGCGCUGUACUGCUGUACGGGGGCAGCUCCAUAUCGUACAACAGCGCCGCCACAGGCAACGGCGGCGCGCUGUCAGUUGCCUACCGGCUGGGCCGCCUGGUGGUGGCGGGCGGCAGCGGCAUGUACGGCAACGCGGCGCGGUCCGCCUCUGGCGGCGCGCUGGCGGCGGCGGCGAUUGCGGCGGUGGAGGUGGCGGGGGAGGGCAGCGCUAUGAGCGGCAACACAGCAGCGCUGGACGGCGGCGCCAUCGCCACUCAGGCCCUGGGCGCGCUGUCGCUGUCCGCGGGCGGCGCCGCCAGCCAGAACGUGGCGGACGGCGGCAGCGGCGGCUUCCUGCUGUUCGCGGGGGACGGCGGCAGUGGCGGCGGCAGCUCGCGGUGCGGGCCGCCGCCGAGCAGUCGCGAGCAGGUGCCGCGGCUGAGGCUGAGGCUGAGGGACUGCGUGAUGAGCCAGAACUGGGCCACACGCCGCGGCGGCGCCCUUGCCAUCGCCAACCCCUACACCCCCGUCUCCAGCCUCACCGCCACCAACUGCACCUUUGAGCGCAACAGCGCCAACUACGCCGGAGGAGCCAUUUGGCUACUGCUGCAAGACAGCGUGGUGCUACUGCCGCCGCCACCCCCGCCGCCGCCGCCAGCCCCGCCGCCGCCGCCAACCCCGCCGCCAGGGCCACGGCCGCGGCCGCUGUCACUGGUCCUCCUGGGCCGGGCGCCGCCCCCGGCACCGCCACUUUCACCCCUCCCAGAUAGCAGUGACAGCGGUAGCACCAGUGACGGCAGUAGCGGCAGCAGCAGCAGCACUGACAGCAGAAGCGGCCCGGCUGCCGCCUCGCCUCCCGAGGUGUUUGUCGGGGUGGAGGUGCGGGCAGACGCCCCGCCGCCGCCGCCGCCCGACGGCCAGCAACCGCUACAGCCCAGCCCGCCUGGCCUGCCGCCGCCGCCGCAGCGCCCACCCGGCGUGGCGCAGGCGGCGGCGCCGCCGGAGGGGGCGUUUCCUGAUGAGGGGGGCCCGGCUGAACACAGCAGCUUGCCCCCGCAACAGCAGCAGCCGCCGGCAGAGCUGCCUGGCGCGACGCCGCCUCCACCCCCACCGCCGCCGCCGCCCCCUCCAGAUGCUACAGCCGGCGGCGGGGCGCUGCCGCCGCCGACUGCCGUGCUACAGCUGCUGUUUGACGGCUGCAGCCUGAACGGCAAUUCGGCGGUGCUGGGGUCGGGGGGCGCGGUCGCACUGGAGCGGGAGGUGGGGUACGUGGACAUGACGAUCCACGACCCGCUGCGCCGUGUCAUUGGAUCCUGGAUCCAACCGCCUGCUGCUGCCGCCGAGCCAUCGAGCCGUGGUGGAGAUGGCAGCGGCAGCGACGGCAGUAGCAGUAGCAGUAGCGGCGGCGGCGGGGCGCGUCUGGAGCUUCCGCCGGCGGUGCGGUUGGUGUUCCGCAACUGCCGCCUGAUAGAGAACAGGGCGUCGGAGGCGGGGCCCGGCGGCGCCGUCAGCGCCGUCAGUCGCAGCAGCCUGGGGACCGUCACCGCCGCCGACAUAGUCAUGAGGAUGGAGUACGCCGCCAGCCAGCAGCCGCCGCCGCCGCCGCCACCCCCGCCGCCACCCCCGCCGCCGCCCUCGGCUCCGGCGGAGGGCCCCGGCGGUUCACCGACUGCUGCGGACGGUGGCGACGGCACUGGCGAUGGCAGUAGCAGCGACAGUAGCAGCAACGGUGAUGGAAGUAGCGACGGCAGUAGCAGCGGCACCGAUGGCAGCACCAGGGGCAGCAGCAGCAGCAGCGGCAGUAGCAGCUCCCCCUUUGAGCAGCUGAAUAGCCGCGGGCGCCGCCCGAUGCUGCGGCUGCUGACGCUGGUGCAAGCCCCCGAGCUGCAGGUGGUGUUUGAGGGUGGCGACACGCGGGUGGCCGACAACAGCGCCGGCGCCUCCUCCCUGUUCGCAAGCCUCACGGCGGCGGGCGCGGAGCCGCACGGCGGCGCAGUCAGCGUGCGGACCGAGCUGGCCGUGCAGCAGCUGGUGCUACUGCAGGUGGGCAUCCCCCUGUACUACGGCCAGCCCGACGGCGCCUACGAGCCGGGGGGGUCCCAGUCCUACGUCCAGCGAGACACCAGUGGCCGCACCCCCACGGCCGUCCUGGCUGACGCACUGGCGGCCACAGCCGCCGCCAACGCCGCCGGCGACGAGGCCGGGCGCUGGGGCGUGAGCGGCGUGCUGCCCGCGCCCUGCCGCGUCAUCCUGCGGCCCGGCAGUAGCGGCAGUAGCAGCAGUGGCGGCAGUGGCGGCAGUAGCGGCAGUGACGGCAGUAGCAGUGGCGGCGGCAUGCAGUGGGUCAACAACACCGCCAAGGGGCGGGGCGGGGCGCUGCAUCUGGCGGCGUGCUCGCUGGAGGUGAUCCCGUCCGGGCUCAGCAGCAGCAAUGACAAUGGCAGUAGCACUGGCAGUAGCAAUAGCAAUGGCAGUAGCAGCAGCAGUGGCCAGGUCGGGCCCGUGAUUGUGUUCGCCGGGAACGAAGCAGGUGUCGAUGGGGGCGCGGUGUCCGUUGAGCUGGAGGCUGCCGGCAGUAGCAGCAGCAGCAGUGCGGGCGCCGCCGCUGUGGGGCUGCUCCGGCUACUGCUUGAUGAAGCCAGGAACGCCUCCAGGCAGGCUGCAGCAGACGCGGCCGCGGUUGUAGCCGGCAGUAGCAGUGGCCGCCGCCGGCGGAGGCUGUUGCAGCAACAGGACAGUGGCACCGCUGCUACUGCCGCCGCCGGUGCUGCUACUGCCGCCAGUGAUCCUGGCGGUGGCGAGGUGGCGGCGCUGGAGCGGGCGCUGGCGGCUGUGGUUGUGCGGGGGCAGCCGCGGCUGGUCGUGUGGCCGCCUGCAGCCGCUGCAGCUGAGGCGGCGGCGGCGGCGGCGGCCAACGCAGCUACAGCCGCCGGUAGCGCUGUAGGCAGUGGCACGGCCAAUGCUACUGCUGCUGCUGCCGUGCUGUUCUUGGGCAAUGUCGCCCGCUACGGCCAGGGGGGCGCGGUGCGGGUGGAGCUGCACCCCCUGCUCGCGCCGCCGCGGCUGCAGCUGCAGCUGCGACAGCUGCUACAGCCGGGCUCGGGCACGGGCGCAGGCACGGGUGCGGCGUCACCUCCUCCCGGGCCUGCAGUCCCCGUUGCUGGCAGUAGUACCAGUGCCAAUAGCGGUGGCACCAGUGGCAGUAGCUCCUCCUCGCCAGGGCCACAGCAGCAGCAGCAGCAGGCGGCGGCGCUGGUGUGGAUGGAGGGCGUGGAGCUGCGUGCCAAUGAGGCCGGCUUCGGGGGCGGCGGCCUGGCGGUGGUCAGCCUGAGCGGCAAUAGCGACACGGCCGGCAGUAGCAGCGGCAGUAGCAGCAGCAGCGGUGAUGGCAGUAGCAGCGGCACCGGUGGCAGCAGCAGCGGCAGUAGCAGCGGUGGCAGUGGCAGUAGCAACACCGGUAGCAGCAGUGCUGGCAGUAGCAACAUUGUGGAAGCGGCCGUCCUGCGCCACACCCAGGAAGCAUCCGCCUUCUUGAACAGCCUCAACGGCAGUAGCAGCAGCAGCGUUAACGGCAGUAGCAGUGGCGGUAGCGCAGCGGUGCUACUGCGGCGCUGCAGCUUCGUCGGCAACCAGGUGACAGGCGUGGGCGCCGCCGCCGCCGCCGGCAGCGCCACAACCUGCGGCGGCGGCGGGCUGCAGCUGGUGGGCGGGCUGGCGGCGGCGGCGCUGGAGGGAGUGGCCCUGACAGGCAACGCCGCGGCGCCCACGGGGCGGCCUAGGGCGUGUGGCGGCGGCGGGGCGUAUGUGGGCGAGGGCGGCGCGGCAAUGCUGUCGGGCUGCCGGCUGGAGCGGAACACGGCCUCGGCCAACGGCGGCGGCCUGCUGUGCUCGUCCUGCUCCGCACUGCACGUGUACGGCGGCUGGCUGCGCGGCUGUAGCAGCGAGGCGGCCGGCGGCGGCCUGGCCCUGCAGGCCGACGGCAGUAGCAGCGGCGGCAGCAGUAGCAGCGAUGGCAGUAGCGGCGGCGGCGGCGGCUGGCGGGCGGCGCUGGUGGUUGUGGAGAUCUGGGGCAACCGGGCAGGGACCGGCGGCGGCGUCAGCGCCUGGGCACUGGCCUCCGGCAGUAGCAGCAGCAGUGGCAGUAGCGGCGGCAGUAGCAGCGGCUCGUGGCUACUGCUGCAGCAGUGCCGGCUAGCCAACAACUCCGCAACGGGCGUGGCUGGCGGCGGCGCGGCGGCUGUAGCAUCGCUGGGCCAGCCGGCCGCGAGCUACGGCGGCGCCGGCGGCGGUGUGUUUGUGGGCGGCAGCGUGGCGGCGGUGGUGAGUCGGUGCGACCUGUCGGCGGGCAACUGGGCAGGCGGCGCCGGAGCCUCCAUCGCCUCCGCCCAGCGCUGCCCGGGUGGCCUUGCCGCGACGCCGGCGGCGGCUGCUACAGCCGUGGCGGCGGCGGCCGCGCCCCAGCAGCAGCUGCUGCUACUGCCGGCGGGCGGCCUGCCGGUGGGGUCUUCGUGGGUGUCGCCGCCGCCGGCCGUGCCGUCACUGCUGCACCGUGCCCUGGCCCGCCUGGCCCGCUUCGCUCCCUCCCCCUCCUCCCCCUCCUCCUCCUCCUGCUGGCCGCUGGCCCUGGCUGACGUGGCGCUGCUCACCGCGCCGCAGGCCCUGGCCCUGGUGCAGCAGGCCAAUGCCACCACCAACAACAACACAAGCACCAGCAGCGCUGCCGCCACCGCCACCGCCACCGCCUCCCGCGCGGCGCUGUGGUUUGAGGACACCUAUGCGGAGGCGCUGGCGGUGGGCUGCAGCGGCGGCGGAGCCCAGGCGCUGGCGGGCAUGCAGACGGCGGCGGCGGCGGCGGCGGAGGGCGGGAACAGCGGUGGGUGGCUCAAAGGCGAAGCGGCGGGUGGCGACGGCGGCGCAGAGCAGGACGUGACGGCGGCAGCCCUGUUAAUAGACAGCAGCGGCAGUAGCAGCGGCAAUGGCUCGGCUACAGCCACCACCACCAGCGAGCGGCUGCGGGCGCAGCAGCAGCGGGUGGGGCUGGGGCUGGCGACGUGUGUGGCUCGGCAGGUGGAGGCGGCGGCGGGGCCGCAGGCGGCGGCGGACUUUGCCAACGCCACCAGCAGCAGUAGCAAUGGCGGCAGUAGCAGUAGCAGUGGUGGCAGUAGCAGCCCGCUAUCGCGUUUGGCCGCAGCGCUCCUCUACCUACCGCCGGCCCGGCUCCGUCUGGUGGGGGUGGCGCUGGCGGCGACGGGGCAGGGGCAGGGGCAGCAGGGGGCGGCGGCGGCGGGGGCUUCCAGUUUGGUUAUGACCGUGCCUGACACGGAGGCGGGGGCCGAGGGGCUCGGCAGCGGGCUGCUGCUGCUGGCAGGUGGGGCUGCUACAGCCGAGGCGGCAGCGGCUGCGGCUGCAGCUGCUACAGCCGCCGCGGCGGCGGCGCUGCGGUUCGGGGUGGAGCCGGCGGCGGUGCGCGUGGCGCCGUCACUGCAGCUGCCCACGGGUCAGCCCUUCGCUCUGGCCCUGGAGCUGGUGGACGGCGCCGGACAGCGCGUGGCGGACCACAGCCAGGUGGUUGUGGAGCUGACGGUGAGCCCCGCCGCCCGCGCCGCACUCACCGCCUCCUCAUCCUUCGCAGCGCCCGUGCUGGCGGGGGCGGCGCAGUGGUACGGUGUGGCGGCGCGCGGCUGGCCCGGACCCGUGGCCCUCCACUUCACCGCCGUCAGCCGCACCGGCGACUACUCGAUCCCGCCGCUGUCGGUGCCCGCCGCGCUGCUGCCCUGCGGCCUUGGCGAGCAGCUGGCAGCCGGCCGCGACGCCGCCCCGCCCCCCUGGACCGCCUGUGCCGCCUGCGCCGCAGACGAGUUCGGACUGUGGACAGACACACGCGGCAGCAGCAGCAGCAGCAGCACCCACAUUGGCAGUAGCACCUCCAUUGGCAGUAGCAGCAACGGCAGUAGCAGCGGCAACGUCUCGGGGGACGGCGUGGUGGCGCUGAUCGACGGCGGCGCGGGCGCGGGGGCUGUAGCAGCGGCCAUGCUGGCAGCCCUGGCGGGCGCGGCGCCCUGCUACAACUGCCCGCCCAACGCGGUGUGCCCGGGCGGGCCGCUGCUACUGCCGCGGCCGGGCUUCUGGCACUCGGCCGCCAACAGCAGCGCAAUGCAGCGCUGCCCGCAGCCGGACGCGUGUGUGGGCGACGGCGCGGCAGGCGGCGUGGGCGACCCCGUCAGCGCCCUACUGGCACGUCUGGCGGCGCAGGCGCAGCAGCAGCAGCAGGGGCAGCAGGGGCAGGCGCCUCUGGCAAAGAAGCGGGCGCUGCUGCAGGCUGCAUCGCCAUCACAGGCAGUAGCAGGAGCAGCAGCAACCGGCGCCGCCGAUUCGGGCUGUAGCAGCGGCGGCGGCAGUAGCAGCGCCCUGCCGCGGCAGUGGCAGGCGCCCUCUCUGCGGCAGUGUCAGGAGGCGUGGUACGCCAGCAACCCGCCCGGGGCGGCGGUGCUGGCGGCCCUAGCAGCCUACCAGGCAGACAUGCGGCUGCAACUGAUACAGCCUGCUGCGGGCGCCUCAGGCAACGGCAGUAGCGGCAGUAGCAGCAGCAGCACCGGGUGCCUGCCGGCAAGCAACGCCACCGCUAUUGGUGCAGCGGCUACGGCGGCUGCUGGGGAGCUGGCGGGGGAGGGGGGUUUGGAGCUGCUGCGCCCGUGUGUGCUGUGGGGUUUGGCUGACACGCACCCGCUGUCGUACAUGGCUGCCCAGUGCGCCGAGGGGUACGCGGGCAACCUGUGUGCCGCCUGCCGCCCGGGCUACUUCAUUGACGCCGAGUUCGAGUGCCAGCGGUGCCCGGGUGCGGCCCAGACGGCGGUGCUGGGUGUGGUGGCGGUGCUGCUGUCCUCACUCACAGUGCUCUACACCGCCUUCGCCACAUUCGCCGAGGACCAAACCAACACCGCCAGCGUGAACGCCAGUGAAAUCUUCAAGGUGCUGGUGGUGCAUCUGCAGUUCUUUGUGAUCGUGACGCGCCUCAACAUCUCAUGGCCCCAGAUCAUACAGACCAUGAGGGCUGUCAUGGCCACGGUGACGGGCGCCGAGAACUACGUCACCUUCAGCCCCUCCUGCCUGCUGCCCGCCGCCCGAUACGACCCCCCCCACACACACACCGGCACCGGCACGGGCGGGGGGGAUGAUGGCGGCAGUAGCGGCAGUAGCGGCAGUAGCGGCAGUGGCGGCAGUAGCGGCAGUGGCGGCUACAGCGCUGCCUCGGCCGAGGCGCAGCUGGCGGGCGGGCUGCUACUGCCGCUGGCGGUGGUGGGCGUCAGCUGCGCCGUCUGGACCGUACGGCACCAGCUAUUUGGUCAGGCGUUGCUGAAGCGACUCAGCAACAGGUCAGGCGGCGGCGGUGGCGGCCCGGGCUCGGGACGGGGCGCCAGUGUGCUCGGCCUCGGCGGCGGCGGCGGCGGCAGUAGCACCGGCGGCGGCGGCGGCGGCGGCGGCGGCAGUAGCAGCAGCGGGCUGUGGAAGGCGCUCACACUGGCCACCCGGCGGGGCGGCGGAUCGCUCUGGCGCCGCAGUGACACCAGCUCCACCGGUGGCGGCGGCGGCAUGGGCUCGGGAGGCGGCGGCGGCGGCGGCGGCGGUAGCAGUGCCGUCAUGCGGCGGGCCGGGCGGCGGGCGGCCAUAGCCGCAGAGAUCCUGGCGACCAUGGCGGUGCGGCAGGACAGCAUAUUCGGCAGUAGCGCCGGCAGUGGCGGCAGUGGCGGCAGCUACAGCCUCAGCCCGUGCGAGGAGGAGCAGGAAGACGAGCUGCGGGAGAUGGAUGGGGAGGAGGAGGCUGGUGGGCAGGCUGUUGGGAAGGCUGGCGGGGAGGUGGGAGAGGUGGGCAAGGAGCGAGAGGAGAAACAGGCGAAGGAGGGGAGGGAGCCAGCUGGAAACGGGCACAGCAAUGACGGCGGGAAAUGGAGUGGAGAGGCGGCGGCGGACGACGGAUCGUCGGCGGCUGCGCCGGCAGUCACGGCGCCUGCGGCGGCGGCGGCGGCGGGCUUUGCUGCUGCAGUUGAACCGGCGGAGACUCUGCUCGGCACGGGCUGCAGCGGCAGCAGCAGUAGCAGCAGCAGUCCUCGGCAGCUACAGCCGCGGCAGCUACAGCCACAGCCACAGCUACAGCCGCAGGUGUGGCUCGGCAACCCUCUGGCUGAGGAUUGCGGCGGCGGCAGUAGUGCGGGUGCGCCACCCGGGGGCCGGCGGCGGGCGCGGAGCACCUCAGGGGGCUGGUGGCGGCGGCGGCGGGCGGUGGCCGAAGGCGCCUCCCGGCCCGAACCCGGCCCCUGCGCCGCGGCUGCAGCUGCUGCGGCGACCGCAGCUGCCAUUGCCAGGGCAGGGGCGGGGUCUUGGCGGCCGCUGGCCCCUGCCGCCGCCGCCGCCGCCUGCUCGCGUGGCGGCCCGCCCUCGGCCUUUGCCGCGGCGCACCUUGACCUGCUGGAAGACGAGGAGGAGGAGGGGGAGGAGGAAGAGGAGGAGGGAGUUGGGUUGCGGGAGCAGGCGGGGGGUGCGAUGUCGGGCCGGGAGGGAGGCGCGGGGCAGCGGCAGCAGCGGCACUGCCCACUGCCCACCACCACCUUCUCAGUGCUCCGCCAGUCCCACACCAAACACCAACAGCAGCAGCAGCAGCAGCAACAGCGGCCGCCGCCGUUGCAGCGCUGUGUGCGGUUCUCGGACCCGGGUGCCAGUGCCGGUGCUGGCGGCAGCGAGGGCGGCGGCGGCGGCGGCGGCGGCGGCGGCAUGGCGGCGCAAGUCGGGCCCAACAGCGGCAGCGCCAGCGCCAGCGGCAGUGGCCAGCUGUCAUCGCAGGCGUCACUGCUGGCAGCAGCCUGCAGCGCCGGCCACCCGUCACUGCCGCCGCCGCCACACUUGGCUCUGGCCAUUGACACAGUGAUGAAGCCGGCGGCGGCGGCGGCGGCAGCGGCGGAACGCGGCGUUGAAGGCGGCGGAGGGAGUGGCGGUGCGGGUGCGACCGACGCUGCGGCUGCGGGUGCGGCAGCGGCUGCGGCGGGUGGGGGUGGGGAGCGGGCCGAGCAGCCCCUGCGGGCACAGCAGUCCGCGCCCGGCUGCCUCAGCCCCUCGGCCGGCGGCGCCAGAGUGCCCCUGGCGGUUCAGCUGCUGGUGCUUGUGUUGAUCGCGCUGUUCAUCCUGUACCCCGCACUGGCGCAGGUGUCGCUGUCGGUGUUCUCCUGCUACCGCAUCGACACCGGCGGAGGGCCCUACCCCGAGAUGCAGCGGGCCGGUUUCACGGUGAUCAGCCUUGUGAGUAUGGCCGCCGCCCCGCUGCGCAGCCGGCUGCUGGUGGUGCUGGAGUUCCUGUCGCUGGGCGUGCUAAGCAAGCCGCAAAACACAAACGGCAGCGGCGGCGGCGCCGCCAGUAAGGCCAAAGGCGCCGGCGGCAGUAGCAAAGGCGCUGGCAGUAGCAAGGCUGGCGCCGGCGGCGGGGCGCCCCUCCGCAGCGGCACCCGCAGUAGCACCGCCAGCAGCAGCCGCCGCAGCGGCAGCGGCAGCCGCAGCGGCAGCCUGCCGAAGCGCGGCAGUAGCAGCAGCGGGGUCGGCGGCAGUAGCAGCGGGGUCGGCAGUAGCGGCGGCGUCAAGCUGGCGGCGUCCCGGGCGGGGACGCUGAUGUCCCGGGCGCGGGCGGCGGUGCGGCCGCUGGUGGUGGAGGUGGUGCCACUGCGUGUGGCCAAGAGGGUGCGCGACAUGAACGCGCGGUGCUACACGGGCACACACCUGGCCCUGUACGUGCCGCUAGGAGUGGCUGCGGUGUGCCUGUUCUGUCUGGCUCCGCCCGCCGCCUCCGCCGCCGUCAUGUGGGUGCACCGGCGGCGGCUGGACGAGUACCACACCGCCCAGACCUACGUCACCAUCAUGCUCGGGCUGUUCGGUAUGGACCGCGCGGCGUCCAUGAACUUCAGUCAGGGCUCGGACCUGGCUCUGGGUGUGGUGAUCCUCGCCCUCAACGCCGCCUUCCUGCUGGGCCUGCUCACCGCCCUGGCCGCCCACUCCGCCUCCCUGCUACGGCCGCUGCUGCAGCCGCCCGCGCAGGCGGCGGCGGCGGCGGCGCGCGCCGUGGCGGUGCGGCUGCUGCCGGCGGCGGCGGGCUGGCGGUGCUGGGCCACGUGCGUGGAGGAGCAGGGGGUGGCGGAGGGGGAGCAGGGGGAGCAAGGGGAGGAGGAGGAGGAGGGGCAGGGGGGUGGUGGGGGGCCGGUUGGGCAGGUGGGGCUGGUGCUGGCGGAGGGGGAGGCUGUGGGUGUGCCGGUGGGGCGGCGGCAGGGGAAGGCUUAGGCGGUGGGGAGGAGGGGGGGUGGACGGCGGUCAUACGUACAU